CGGUGCUGCUGAGAUACAGCUGUGGGAUGCGGAGAGGGGAGUCCCGACUCUGCCUUGUCGAUGUUAACCUCUUUCUGGGACCGAACAAACGCCGCCGCUACGGGUGGUCUGCUCCCUGGAGACCGCCUUGAGGAAAAAGGAGAGAUUGAGAGAGAGAGAAAAGAGGAAGCGGAUGCUGUCUGCGCUUUUCGCGCUCGUUACUUUUUUCCACCACCACCACCGCGAGCGCAGCAGACAACAGUCACCAACCUGCGGAUUAGAGACAGUCUCGCGCUGGUGUCGGUCCGCGCGAGCCCGCCUCGAGGCGCGACGUGUUUGUCCUUUUCCUUCAUGACAAAACAAGUGCUGGACAUGCGGUGUUUGUGAAGAGUGCGCGCGUGGCUCUGGCUGUAUGAAUGGCCCCGCUAUGGAGGAAGUUCCGUUUCCCCGAGUCCGCACACGGCGGAGGAGAAGUCGCUGCCUGGCCGGCACGUGCGAGGUCGAGUUUGACUGCAAGGAGCUCGAGACGCUCUUCCAGAAGUACAACCUGAAGCUCGAGCAGACCGCCACGCUCAAAGCGCUGGCCAUCCUCAUUCUCGCCGCGUCCGCGCUGGCGCUCGUGGAGCUCCUGUCCGCCGGUUCGCGCUUCACCGUGUCCAAGGGCUCGCACCCGGUCCACUGCGUCAUCUUCACCUCGCUCUUUAUCGUCACCAACGUAAAGUAUCUUCAGGUCACGCAGCUGCAGCAGAUCGCGAGGCUCGCGCUGCUCUUCAGUUUCACCUUCGCGCUCCUCUGUUGCCCGUUUCCCCUCGCGCCGGGGCACGGCACGCCGCAAGGGACGAAGGGCGCGCAGGGGCCUGACACGACGAGCACAGCACCUGAGCAAGGUGUUUGGCAGCUGAUGCUCGUUACGUUCGUUGCUUACUCUCUCCUACCGGUAAGGACGCUUUUGGCUGUUUUAUUCGGCAUCGUGGUUGGUGGGUCCCACUUCAUCGUGACAGCAACAUCGGUAACGGCACGCAAACCUCGCCUGUGGACACCGCUGGUAGCAAAUGCAGUGUUGCUGGUUGGUGUGAAUCUGUCGGGUGUGUUUGUUCGAGUCCUUACUGAGCGUGCCCAAAGGAAGGCCUUUCUACAGGCUAGGAACUGCAUCCAACAGCGCCUGCAACUAGAGGAUGAGAACGAAAAACAGGAACGCCUCUUGAUGAGCCUGCUGCCUAGGAAUGUUGCCAUGGAAAUGAAGGAGGACUUCUUGAAGCCACCAGAAAGAAUCUUCCACAAGAUAUACAUCCAACGGCAUGACAAUGUCAGCAUCCUGUUUGCGGAUAUUGUUGGGUUUACCAGUCUAGCCUCGCAAUGCACAGCCCAGGAGCUGGUCAAACUGCUGAACGAGCUCUUCGGGAAAUUUGAUGAGCUUGCUACAGAAAACCAUUGCAGAAGGAUUAAGAUCUUGGGAGACUGUUAUUACUGCGUAUCAGGCCUGACCCAGCCGAAAGCAGACCACGCUCACUGCUGUGUGGAGAUGGGUUUGGACAUGAUCGACACCAUCACAUCUGUUGCAGAAGCAACCGAGGUGGACCUGAAUAUGCGUGUGGGUUUGCACACGGGCCGUGUGCUGUGUGGUGUUCUGGGGCUGCGCAAAUGGCAGUAUGACGUCUGGUCUAAUGAUGUCACACUGGCCAACAUGAUGGAGGCUGGAGGACUGCCUGGGAAGGUUCAUAUCACCAGGGCAACACUGGAAUGUCUAAAUGGAGAUUACGAGUUGGAACCGGGCUAUGGCCACGAGAGACACGCUUUCCUCAGCAAACACGCCAUCGAGACCUUCUUCAUUGUGCCAUCGCACAGACGCAAGAUUUUCCCUGGGCUGAUCCUAUCAGACAUAAAGCCAGCGAAGAGGAUGAAGUUUAAGACAGUGUGUUAUCUGCUGGUGCAGCUCAUGCACUGCAGAAAGAUGUUCAAGGCUGAGAUCCCUUUCUCCAAUGUCAUGACCUGUGAAGAUGAUGACAAGAGACGAGCCCUGCGCACAGCUUCCGAGAAACUGCGCAGUCGGACUUCAUUUUCGGCAGGCAUGGUGCAGAACUCCCCCGGGACCAGAGUGAACCGCUACAUCGGCCGUCUGAUAGAAGCACGACAGACAGAGUCCGAGACAGCAGACCUCAACUUCAUUACCCUCACAUACAGAAGCAGAGAGCGAGAGCAGAGUUAUCAACAAGUGUACGAUGAUGCCUUUAUCAGCGCUGUGGUCAUCUCUCUCGUCCUCACUUCAUUUUUUGCAGUCGUCUAUAUUCUCAUCAUUCCUCAAGGUCUUCUGGUUGUGAUUCUGCUGGUUCUUUGUUUGUGUUUCCACACUGCAAGUGUGAUGUACCUUCACAUCACUCACAUGCAGUGCUCUCCUGACUGCCUGACCCUGCAGAUCAGAACGGUCCUGUGCGGCUUUCUGGUGCUGCUCAUGUACUCCGUGACCCAGGGGUGUGUGGUGGGAUGUGUACCAUGGUCACUGGAGGGGAACUCCAGUGUCUCCAUGGUGAUGGUCGUCACAGUGAACGGGACUGGCGUGGGCUCUGGGGUGUGCAAAUACACUCCAUACGUAUUUUUAUCAUGUGUGAUGGCAUCACUAUCUGUGGCGCUGUACCUACGUGUGUCAUCACUACCCAAGAUCCUCCUGCUUAUCCUUCUCAACAUUCUACACACUGUCGUCUUAGAGACCAGCGGCUAUCGGGAGGCUAUGGGCGGUGGAUUCUUCCAUACACAUGGCUAUGACCCGGUUCUGGCAAUGCUGUUGUUUUCUGGAGCUCUGGUGCUUCACUGCAGACAACUGGAUCUCAAACUCCGACUGGACUACCUCUGGGCCACUCAGGCAGAAGAGGAGAGAGAUGACAUGGAGAGAGUGAAGCUGGACAAUAAGCGGAUUCUGUUUAAUCUGCUGCCUGCACAUGUCGCUCAGCACUUCCUGCUGUCCAACCCACGAAACAUGGAUCUGUAUUAUCAAUCUUACUCUCAGGUGGGUGUCCUGUUCGCCUCCAUCCCCAACUUCAAUGACUUUUACAUUGAGCUGGAUGGAAACAACAUGGGUGUGGAAUGCCUCAGGCUGCUCAACGAGAUCAUCGCUGACUUUGAUGCGUUGAUGGAUAAGGAAUGCUACAGAGAUAUUGAAAAGAUUAAAACUAUUGGCAGCACCUAUAUGGCCGCAGUUGGACUCGUCCCCACUACAGGAUCCAAGGUGAAGAAAUCAAUCUCUGCACAACUUUGCACAGUGGCUGAUUCCGCCAUUGAGAUGUUUGAAGUCCUGGACGCGAUCAACUACCAGUCCUACAAUGACUUUGUGCUUCGAGUUGGUAUUAAUGUGGGUCCAGUUGUUGCCGGCGUGAUCGGGGCUCGCAGGCCUCAGUACGACAUCUGGGGAAACACAGUCAACGUUGCAAGCAGAAUGGACAGCACUGGAGUUCAGGGCAAGAUACAGGUAACCGAGGAUGUCUUCCGUCUGCUCCGUGGUUAUUAUCACUUCCAGUGCCGCGGACAGGUCAGUGUAAAGGGCAAAGGUCAAAUGCUCACCUAUUUUCUGGAGGACCGAACCCCCCAACGCACACACCAUACUGGAACCAAGAGCCUGGAGCGUGGGUCAAGACCUUGCAUCCGGACAAAGUUGGGCUCUGCGCCCACUGUCAGCAGUUAUGGGGUCAAAAGUCACACCCUGGGGCAUGUUGCCACAACUCCCAACUCCAGAAUUAUUUACCUACCCUCCGUAUCUGUCGACAUGGAGAUGGAGGUGUAAGCGCCACUGAGACGGGCUCUACGGUGAUCAACAAAUUAGUAAAUCAAAGGCAGAGACGGAGACCGAAAACAAAGGAAUUGGGUGAGAGCAAAAGAAAUAUGGAAGUUGGAGAAAGUGAAGUCUCUGUCUUUGCACUGGUUGAGAGAAGAAAGAAACAUUCAAAUGUGCCACACAGAGAAAAGCCCUCGCCCAUCACGCAAGUACAUAUUAAGCAUGUAUGUAUUUAUGUGUGUGCGUAUAUGCAUGUGUGUGUGUAAUAAUGAGUCUUCCCCAGACCAAAAGGAUAUCAGGGUCUCCUACAUGGGAGCAUGCGAUCUACUGCAAGGCAGCUUCACACCAGCUGAGGACACAUACCCAGUGUGUGUGUGUGUGUGUGUGUAUGUUAUUUUGCAUGUAAAAAUGUCAAGAGAUGCCACGGCAAUGAAUAUGUGAGCAAUGAGGACCAAACAUUUAGAUGUAAAACAGCGCUGUAUUUUGUAAUUUGAGUCAGGGCAGAUGUUCAUGAGACGACGAAACGUAAGCAGGGAGAAACUUGACAUUGUUUGGUUUUUAUUUAAAAACAAGGUUCCUCAUAUUGAGAUUUGUUUUCAAUAAAUUGUUUACAAAAACAUGCCGUGGGUUUUCGGAACUGAUACAAUUGGAAUUUCCUGCAAUUUUCAGGCAUUCGUUUGUGGUUAAUACCAUCUUGAGAUAGAGAGAGAGCGAGAGAAAGAGAGAGAGAGAAAUUGCCAAAAACUACUACUGUCAACAAUUUCUCCACAGUGAAUCAGAGACCAGAAUUAUUUUGUAUCAAAGGGAAACACUAUGCUGUUUUUCAAUCAUUUACAAAAAGUCUGUAGAGUCUAUGACGUGAGUAAAUGUUUAUCUUUGUGUGGGUGAAUCAGCAAAGUUUUCCUUCAUGUGAUGUGUGUAUGCACUGGUGCUUGGAGAAAACAUCUGCAUUCACUUGCCUCUGCCCUCUGCCCUCUGACCUCUGGGAUAUUCUUUCCAGUAUUGACAUUAAAACACACUAAUUCUGCAAUUUUGUGUUUAACAUACACAGAAAAUAAACAUAAAUAUUGGUUUAUUGAUAUAAUCGCUACAUUGAGCGAGAACCAUAACACAAGCAGCACAAUCAAGCCUGUGUGACAGUGCUGUUUGUUUUUUUGUUUUUUUUAUUAUUAAAAAAAAAAUAAUAAUUGGCUUCCAGUAUGUAAUAAAAUGCUGACUCAAUAGCUGGACACUUGUUCCCUGUUCCAAAUAUUUUGUCAGUGGUUUUUAAGUUUCUAAGUGGCACUUAGCUUUUGUGUUUUGCAGAGCGAUCUUUAUUGAACAUGCAUGAUAUUUUAGUGCUGGAUGUGUCAUAUGCUCUGUAGGUCUUAGGUUAUGCUGUCUAAACAUCUGGAUUUUAUUGCAUCUAUUUCAGAGCAUGCAAACGUCUCUAAUCCACUCUCGAGUUUGAACCCUCAAAAGCCUCAUUUUAGAUUUCAUACGAAUAAAAGAGCUCAGGCCAGUUGGCUGGGUUUAUUUGCUUUUUGUGCUAUUACUGUAUCUUUGAUAGAUUUUCCAUGAUGCCUAGGGAAUGAAGUUUGGCUUCAAGCAUGUCCAUUCUCAGCAUGCCAUAAUUCUGUCACAUCCGCUCUAUUUGAUAACUGAGUUGUGUCUCUACUGCAUGCCUACUGCAAAAACAAAAGGGUGAAAAGUGUCAAAGAAAUGUUGCAAAACAUGCUUUAGUAGCACUGCAUGAGCCUACAAUAAUAGCCUUGAUGAAAUGAAACCAAUUUUUUUGAAUAAUAAUCUUUUACUGACUGCUUAUCCACUUACCUGUUCCAUGCGGGAUGCUGCUGUGAAACAUUGAGGAAGGCUUACUGGAAGUUUUCUAGCAUUGGCGCCUAUGUCAAGCUCUUGAACUGACUGCCUUUUUAUCCAGGGUCUGUUAGAGAAGGUGUAUUUCUUUGAAUAUGUGCCAACACAUAUGAUUACCAACAUAUCAGACUGUGUUCUUUUAUAGCACAAUUUUGUGACAUUGUGUUCAAACUUAACUCUCAUGGACUGAUCGAACCACGUAGGGCUCAGUACGGACUCACAAAUGGGCUAUUCCUUUUCAUUUGAAAGUUUGUUCUAUUUUAAUUUGUGUUAGACUACAUAUUCAGGAAUGCUGUUUUUGAUUAUUCUUUAGCUGCAUUUAGGUUAAGUUGCCACACAAAGAAAAUUGUAUGAUUUCACCUAUUUAUUAAUGUAAACUGAAAAACUGCUCAUUUGAGUUUCAUAUAUGUCGAUUUUGUUUUUAUUUUAUUAAAUGAAUAUGAAUUCCAAAUGCUUAUUGUAUCACUGAAUAUUUCAGAUUCUGUGAUCCAACAAAUGUAGCAAACAGCUUAAUGGUUCUAUUUGAUAUGGCUUAAUAUGAUCUAUUUUCAGACAACAGUGGCUAACUUACUGCUGUUAUGAACAUUAUGUAUUAACUUUAAUAACACAUAAAGUGUGCAUCGUAAAAUCAUAGACUAGCUUUUCAUGUCAAUUAGAUAUUUUCAUAUUUGAUACGGGUCAAAAAUAUUGUACUUAUAAAAUAUAUUGUAGAGUAUUUUAUUGAUGAUUUGUAACAUUUGUGCUAUUUUUGGGGUUGCAAUGUAUUUAUUGCGAUGGUUCUAUGUGAAUGUAAAUUUCAUAUUGAGAUCUUUUAUACUUGUGUUUGCACUGUUCGGGAAUAAAAUAACAAUGAGAGAUGACAUUGCGCUUUACACUGUGUAUUUGCAAGGGUCGGUGUUGUCGUGGUCUUGACGUUGGCCUGGAAUAAAAGGCAUUAAACUAUGGACUGUAAGAGUGAAUGACCUGGGAGUUAUGAAGUUGCAUAACUCAAGAAAAACAACUGGAGCUAAACAAAUCAAGAUUCACUCCUCUCCUCUGAUAUAAUAAGAAUGUAAUGGAACAAGAGCAUUGUAAAUUUUAUUCUUAAUCUGAAUAUUGGUCUUGUUUUCCAGUUAUAAAAUAUCUAAACAUCCUUAUUUUUACCCGAGAAGAAGAA